AAAAGUCUAAAUACGCGAUACUGAAAAUUAUUGGCAUUAAUUAGAGUUUUAGCAAGGUCUUGAAGGCUGUGCUGUAAACGAGUGAGCGAAGAAACGUUACGAGGACCGGAUCGUAACAAACGGAAAAUAAAAAAAGAAAAAAGUGAGUGAGUAGAGAGUGGGAAGUUGGGAACCACCUAAGCCGGUGAACCGGUAAAGAGUUCAAAGUUUCAAAGGGUCUUCAUCGCCGUACACACUAUAUAAGUAUUUCUUGACGAAUCACAACGAAAAGAAGGUCCCAUCCCAUUGGCAUUCAUAAUAUUUCACUCCCUCUUUGGCCACUCUUGAAAUCCGUGCAGUGCUAGUCCCAAACCGGACACAGAGAUGAUGAGAGAGAGACGCUGAACGCAGAACAGUGUUGCCGUUUUGAAGGACGCAAAACGACGAAGCAAAACGCGUUUGGAAGAGCACCGUAACUGACAACUGUACCAGUGGAAAAUCAACGACGGUAUGGUCGUGACUGUCACUACUGCAUCGUUAUUUUGUUUCAUUUCACCGCCAGGAAAAUGGAUCUGACUUGCUGAUUCCCAAAAUCUUCAAAUUAUUCUCACUGGCCUCGCUCUGAAUUACUGCAGAUUCUAUUCAGCAACACGCUGAAGCAGUGAGCCGAAGCUCCGGGAGAAGGUUCUAGAAGAACCGAAUGGGAAAAUCGACGAACGGUAACAGAGACUGGACGCAGAUGUACGCGAUCUACGGAAUGGAGCAGCGCCCAACCCUAAUUUUCCUCCUCUGCCAGGCGAUGCUCUUCUCUGUGUUGUCUGUUUUGUAUCUUCUUUAUUUUGAUCUUGUCUGCAACUUUUUCGAGCGAAUCUUUUCCGGCGCCGGCGGCACCGCGCGAUUUGCGGCAGGAAUCACUGGCUCGGUCACGGCGCUCUCCGCGCUGUGCCUCUUCUUUGCGGCGGCGAACUUUUUUUACUCCUCCGUGCCGCUGCACUUCGACAUGGCUCAGCGCAUCGUCUCCGCCGUGCACGACUGGUCCUCCGUGAAGCUCGCGCUUGACCUCGGCUGCUGCGGCCGCGGCAUCCUCCUGAACGCGGUGGCGACGCAGAUGAAAAAGGAAGGGAGUUCCGGCCGCGUCGUCGGCCUCGACCGGUCGAAGCGCACGACGAUGUCGACUCUCCGCGCCGCAAAGAUGGAAGGAGUUGGCGAGUACGUGACGUGCCGCGAGGGUGACGCGCGGCGGCUGCCGUUUCCGGAUAACUACUUCGACGUGGUGGUUUCCGGCGUGUUCGUGCAUACAGUCGGGAGGGAGUACGGCGCUCGAACGGCGGAGGCCGCGGCUGAGAGGAUGCGCGCGGUGGCGGAGUUGGUUAGAGUAAUGAAGCCUGGUGGAGUGGGAGUCGUGUGGGACCUAUUGCACGUGCCGGAGUACGUGCUUAGGUUGCAGGAGUUGAAGAUGGAAGAUGUGAGAGUCUCCGAGCGUGUAACGGCCUUCAUGGUGAGCAGCCAUAUCGUUUCAUUCCGGAAGCCCAGCCAACACGUGCAUGGCCCCGCCGAGGUUCGCCUUGAUUGGAGAUCAUGUUGACGGUGGAAUUUUUCACACUAAAUAGAAAAAUAAUAAACAUAUAUCAUACUGAGAAAUGUUUUUUUGUUAAAAUGUUUUUUCUCUUUCUUUUUAAAAAGAAAAGAUAUGAGUGAAUAUCUUAAGCUCAAGUUAUGGCUGGGGAGGCGAAGUCGAACCAGAUGUUGAAAAAAAAAAUUAUGUAAACAAAAAAAGAUGGAUAGCGUAAUAAUUUGAUGACAGAUCUGGAACAGAAUUUUUGUAUAUGUUCAUGGUUACAUAGAUAGCAAUGAAAUUUUAGCACUUCUGGUGUA